CCUUUGUUUCCCGGCGGAGCAUUUCCUGGGUUGCGGGGCGGCCCGGGCUCCGCGGGCUCCUCGCCCCGCCUCCUCCCCGCCGGGCCCGCCCCGCCCGCAGUCUCCCCUCCCCUUCCUCCCCGCCGCCCCUCUGCCCGUAGGUGCGGGGGGACCCACCUUCCUCCCCCCCGCCCGCCGGCCUCACGCGCCCCGGGUGCCCGGCGCCCCUCGCCGCGGCCCUGCCGCUCCCGGGAGGGGCAGGUGGGCGGGCGCUGUGGUGGCGGGAGCCCGCGUCGACUCCUCGGCCCCGCUCGGGGUGGGAGCGCAGGGCUGGGGGCGGGGAGCGCCGGCCGAGCUCCGAGCUCCGAGCAGCUGGUCCGCGCCGCGCUCCCUCCUUCGCGCUCGCCCGCCGUCGCCGCGCGCAGCCUGCGGGGCUCGGUGGCAUCUCCCGGGCGCGGCCCUGAGCUCGCCCCUGCCUCCCGGCCGCCCCUGCCCCGGCGCCGCUCGCUCGCGCACCCCCGCCCGGACUCCCCCAUGUAUGAUGACUCCUACGUACCCGGGUUUGAGGACUCGGAGGCGGGUUCAGCCGAUUCCUACACCAGCCGCCCAUCUCUGGACUCGGACGUCUCCCUGGAGGAGGAUCGGGAGAGUGCCCGGCGUGAAGUGGAGAGUCAGGCUCAGCAGCAGCUGGAAAGGGCCAAGCAUAAACCUGUGGCAUUUGCUGUGAGGACCAAUGUCAGCUACUGUGGUGUACUGGACGAGGAGUGCCCAGUCCAAGGCUCUGGAGUCAACUUUGAGGCCAAAGAUUUUCUGCAUAUUAAAGAGAAGUACAGCAAUGACUGGUGGAUCGGGAGGCUAGUGAAAGAGGGCGGGGACAUCGCCUUCAUCCCGAGUCCCCAGCGCCUGGAGAGCAUCCGGCUCAAGCAGGAACAGAAGGCCAGGAGAUCCGGAAACCCUUCGAGCCUGAGUGACAUUGGCAAUAGACGCUCCCCUCCUCCGUCCCUAGCCAAGCAGAAGCAAAAACAGGCGGAACAUGUCCCUCCAUAUGACGUGGUGCCCUCCAUGCGCCCUGUGGUGCUGGUGGGACCCUCUCUGAAAGGCUACGAGGUCACAGACAUGAUGCAGAAGGCUCUCUUUGACUUUCUCAAACACAGGUUCGAUGGCAGGAUCUCCAUUACCCGCGUCACUGCUGACCUCUCACUGGCCAAGCGAUCCGUGCUCAACAAUCCUGGCAAGAGGACCAUCAUCGAACGCUCCUCCGCCCGCUCCAGCAUCGCUGAAGUCCAGAGUGAAAUCGAGCGCAUAUUCGAGCUGGCCAAGUCUCUGCAGCUGGUGGUGUUGGACGCGGACACUAUCAACCACCCAGCACAGCUGGCCAAGACCUCCCUGGCCCCCAUUGUCGUCUUUGUCAAAGUAUCUUCACCAAAGGUACUCCAGCGACUUAUCCGCUCCCGGGGGAAGUCCCAGAUGAAGCACCUGACUGUGCAGAUGAUGGCGUAUGAUAAGCUGGUUCAGUGCCCACCGGAGUCAUUUGAUGUGAUUCUGGAUGAGAACCAGCUGGAGGACGCCUGUGAGCACCUGGCUGAGUACCUGGAGGUUUACUGGAGAGCCACCCACCACCCAGCUCCUGGCCCAGGCCUCCUGGGCCCUCCCAGUGCCAUCCCUGGACUUCAGAACCAGCAGCUGCUGGGGGAACGUGGCGAGGAGCACUCACCCCUGGAGCGGGACAGCCUGAUGCCCUCGGACGAGGCCAGCGAGAGCUCCCGCCAAGCCUGGACGGGAUCUUCACAGCGGAGCUCCCACCACCUGGAAGAAGACUAUGCAGACGCCUACCAGGACCUGUACCAGCCUCACCGCCAACACACCUCGGGGCUGCCUAGUACUAAUGGGCACGACCCCCAAGACAGGCUCCUCGCCCAGGACUCGGAACACAACCACAAUGACCGGAACUGGCAACGCAACCGGCCCUGGCCGAAGGACAGCUACUGACAGCCUCCUGCUGCCUGUCCUGCAGGCGCAGGCACAGCUGGCUGGGGCGCCCACUCCAGGCAGGUUGGAGUUAGGCUGGCGUUAGGCUGGCACUAGGCUCAGCUCCCACAAUCCCCUGCCCAGCCCCAGCUGCAGGGUCGCCUGUGGUCCCAAGGUCCUGAGAGAAGCAGGAGGCCCCUUCACCUCCUGGGCAGUGACCUCCCUAGGCUCCCACUCCAGGUACUAGCUGUGUGUGCUGUGCCCCUGGCACCUCCCUCUCCUGCACAAGAAGCUGCCCACUGGGUAGUGCCCUCAGGCCAGGAUCCCCUCAGCGGGGGCCUUCCCACCAGACUCAGGGAAGGGAUGCCCCUCACAGUGACAAAAGGGUUGGUGUGGGCAGCAUGGCAUGAGGAAGGAAUAAGUCCCGGAUAGGCACAAGUCCCGACAGUCAAAGGGUGUGUAUUCUGGGGCCCAAGGGCCUCCACUCACCUCACUGCCACACAUCAGAAACGAGACAAUCACGCCCUCCAGGGUGGAACUCCCUCGGCUGGUCAGCAGGGGUGUGGCUUCCACACACAAGGCUGGAGCAGCGGGCAGGUGAGGCUGAGGCUAAAGUCCUCACGGCUCAGCCUGAGGGAGGGGCUUUCCCCACCCUAGGGGCCAGGUGGCUUCCCAACAUCCCACAGGACCAGGGACCCGGAGCAUGACUGAGCCCAGCCCGACAAGAGGUUUGGGAAGGGAGGGCGUGUAGCAGAGAAUGUACAGAAGAGCUUUGGGGGCUCCUUGUCCCCCUCCCCCCUCCUUAUUUUGCUUAUGCAUCUUGUCAUUUCUUGGCCCUCAUGCCUCCUGGGGGAUAUGGGCCCCAGACUUUAUUCCCUAAUUCAUAGCUGCUGCUUGUUGAAUUCGGGCUAGAUGGGGAUAGGAGACAGCCGCCCCCCCCCCCCCCCCCCAGGCUCCCUUUGCCUUAGACUCCAGUGUGUGGCCUACAGAGCAUGCUCCGCCAGACCCCGCCCACUCACUGUCAUCACUAAUAAACACCAUGCACAGGC